UCGUCUUUGCUUCCGAUCCCAAGCUCACCUGCCCAGUGCUUUUCUUCGAUAAGCCCCUUACUCCCCUCCAUCUCGAUCCGUCCUGUCUGCUUCCCACCCUUUUUGUCGCGAUCAGCUCUUUUGUCGAAUUAAUCAAAACUUCAUUUCAAGAAAGAAUCAACAUCACAAUCCUCUCACUUUCAAAUCAUCCAUCUUCUUGUGCCUAUUGCUCUUUACCAGUUCAAAUGGAGGAAAAUUAUAUUCGUCCACCUGCCCCGGCAGCUCAAAGCAUGCUUAAGAGGCGAAGAAUUCCUGUCUGGGCCAUUUUUCCAGAGAUUCCCGAUACUGUCAACUUUUCCCCUCAGACAAAUUCUGCUUCCCGUGAAACAACCUGUACCGUUAUUCAUACUGGUUCAGGAACUCAAAGUCAGUGGUAUGGAUACCGUGGCCAAGAUUCACACUCAAAAGAUGCACAUAUCAACUCCUCGGAGUCGAUUCCUUGCUCAAUAGCAAGCUACCCUACUUCGCGUUCCAGCUCGUCUAAGACUGCCCAGGUCUCUAAAGAACAUAACCCAAGUCGAGGUUCAGAUCCUUACAGCAGCCCAGGUGCAGGCAGCUUAACACGGGGUAAAAGUCCCUAUAUUGACUCACAUACAGUCAGAGGCCACACUAACUCCUCCAAACAAUGCCCUUCGCGGAAAACCCGAAGUUGGACAUCUUGGGUCCUUCAAAGCAAUAGCAGUUGGGCUCCAAAUGCGCAAAGCGCCUCCUCCAAAUCUCCCUCCACAACGUCAUCGACUUUCGCCGAAAAUUUCAAGCUUGAGCGUGCAUUAGGGUGGCUUUCCAACCUCCCGUCGCCAGAGCCAAGCCCUUCGGCUGUGAACAAGACACAACCCACCUUUACUCGCCGUCAUCAACCUCCUCCAUCUUUCGAUACCGUUAGGCUUCCUUCGCCUGUCUACCUGGGUGGACGUGCAUCUUCAGCAGCAGCCAGCACACGUACCUUGUAUCUCCCGACGCGUUCCGCUGAUCCCUCAAGUUCAGCUUCAAUCGACCUUGGCGCAGCACAACGGCAUGUCCUUUUCAGCCAACCUCCCACAAGCCGUAGAUGGCAUUUCGGCUCCAUACCAAGAUUGGCAAAAGAAUAUCUCGACUGCCACAUUCGACUCCAAACUCCGAGCUAUAUAUCUGAGGAGCUCGGGCCGGAGUUGUCAUCAUCGUCCUCUUCCUCCACCUCGAUCCUCGUUGUGGGAACUAAAGAAAGUGUCCCACUUGAAAAUGCCUCCGUAUCCAAGCCAGGGCUCCCAGAUUCCACAGCGAAGGGAGUACGACCACGAAGUCUCUUGUCAAAGAAUUCAGCGCGGCCGGAUAGUACCUCUGUGGUAGAGGCAGAGGCAAAAAACGCCCCCGGUGACGAAUUCUCUCUAGCUCAAAGAUCGCCCGGCGAAAUUCACUCGCAAUCGGAUGUGGCGAUAUCAGACCGUUUUAGAAAAUGCUCAACAGACGAGUACAAGAUGGAAAAAGCCCCAGAUUAUGCAGCUCCGUAUGUAGGGCGAUCGCCUCGCAGCGCAGCAAUAUCCGAAUCCUCAUGCAGGCGGACGGAAGAAAAAGACGGCAUAACGGAGGGGCAUUAUAUGAUUUUGCAGCAACAAGACGCCAAAGGCACUAGAUCCAAUUCAGACGAAAGCAAAUCGAACGGUUCUCUCAAUGUGGAAGAGCAUGAUGAUUUCACAACGAAACCAGGGUCCAUUUCUCCCACACUAGACGCAUCCAAGCACUCAUCACCAAAUUCCUCGAGAACGGAUCGCACUCAUCCUUACGGGCCGAUCCUGCGGCCAUGCCUGAGAGGUAAGUACUCUAGUCUAUCAUUCUUCGGAACAACGCUAACGAGAUUCCAGAAUUCAGCGCUUACGGGCCAUACAUAAGCAGUGGCCCGACUGAGCCACACCGCACAGGUAAAGUCGGCUUCUUUCUCACUUAGACCUACAUUAAUUGACGCUUAGCAGGUGGUGUGGCUCAGAGUGUUCACAACG